GCAACGACCUGCUAGCAUCCGUACGCCGACGGCACAGCCACUGAUCGAUCUAACGACAAGAUGACAGGCGACACGGCGCCGCACGUCGUGGAGGACAUCCCGGGCGUCCUCCAGCUCCUCAGCGACGGCUCCGUCCUCCGCGGCGACGAAGCCGUGCUUUGGCCAACGGACCCGUUGCCGGACGUCCCCGGCGUGCAGUGGAAGGAUGUCAUGUACCACGCCGCGCACGGCCUCAGCGUCCGCGUGUACAGGCCGGAGUCUUCGUCCUCGGUGGCUGGCAGCAGCAAGCUCCCGGUGCUGGUGUACUUCCACGGCGGCGGAUACUGCCUCGGCUCCUACACGCAGCCCCACUUCCACACGUACUGCCUCCGCGCCGCCGCCGAGCUCCCGGCCGUCGUGCUGUCCGUCCAGUACCGCCUCGCCCCCGAGCACCGCCUCCCCGCGGCCAUCGAGGACGGCGCGGACUUCCUUUCCUGGUUGCGCGGCCAGGCCGAGCUUGCCGGCACCGGCUCUGCGGACCCGUGGCUCGCGGAGUCGGCCGACUUCGUCCGGACGUUCAUCUCCGGCGCCUCGGCCGGCGCCAACUUGGCCCACCACGUCACCGUCCAUGCCGCCUCGACGCAGACGCAGCUGGGGCUCAACUCUCUGCGCGUUGCCGGGUACGUCCUCCUGUCCGCGUUCUUCGGCGGCUCAGAUCGCACGACGGCGGAGGCCGACCCUCCGGCGGGCGUGACCCUGACGGUCGAGGGAUCCGACAUGCUCUGGCGCAUCUCGCUGCCGGUUGGGGCGAGCAGGGAUCACCCGUUAUCUAACCCGUUCGGCCCCGAGAGCCCCAGCCUCGCGCCGGUGGACCUCCCGCCGGUGCUCGUGGUGGCGCCGGAGAUCGACGUGCUCCGGGACCGCGUGCUGGGUUAUGCUACGAGGCUGCAGGACAUAGGGAAGGCCGUCGACGUCGCUGAGUUCGAGGGAGAGCGGCAUGGUUUCUCCGUCCUCCAGCCGUUUGGUGAGGCGGCCAACGAGCUGAUGCGAGUGCUCAGGCGGUUCAUGUAUACUGGCGUCACCAGCCCAACUGAGCGCUGAUGUCUCCUGAAUCCUGAUGCAUCUUUGGUCGUUUGGAUUUAAUCCAUCUACUCAACCUAAGAAAAUGUAUUACUCUACUAGUAAUAUCUAGUACUCCGUAAUAAACUUCGAUUUAUAAAGUUGAUUAA